ACGCCAGCGCAACGCGCUGCAGGGCGCGCACUUCUCAUUAUAAAAUAGCAGACGGUCGGCGGCGGAGUCGUCAGUGUUCACUGUCACAGCCCUCAAGAUGUUCAAGCUCCUCCUGGUCGUCGGGCUCGCCGCCCUGGCCUCGGCCGCCGACUACUGCAGCGUGUGCAAGGACCACACCCUCUGCAAGUACACCACCACCGCCGCCGGCAGCGCCUGCAAGAACUACAAGUCCGCCGCGCUCACCUCCACCGACAAGGCCGCCGUCCUCAAGGCCCACAACGAGCUCAGGAACAAGGUCGCCCUCGGCAAGGAGACCCGCGGCACCAAGAGGCAGCCCGCCGCCGCCAACAUGAGGAAGAUGGUCUGGGACAACGAGCUGGCUACCAUCGCCCAGCGUUGGGCCAACCAGUGCAACUUCGCCCACGACUCUUGCAGGAACACCCUGGACAAGGAGUACAGCGGCCAGAACAUCUUCUGGGAAGCCUCCUCCGCCACCCUCGCCGCCCCCAACUGGGCCAAGGCCGUCCAGGACUGGUACGACGAGGUCGACGACCGCGACGGCUCCCUCAACACCGUCAACUUCAGGAGCACCUCCGGCGCAGUCACCGGCCACUACACCCAGGUCGCCUGGGCCAAGACCUACAAGGUGGGCUGCGGCUACGCCGACUACUCCACCGUGCAGAGCGGCCGCAACUGGAACGCGCGCAUCGUCGUCUGCAACUACAAGCCCGGCGGCAACUUCAUCGGCCAGACCAUGUACGAGGCCGGCACCCCCGCCUCCAAGUGCCCCUCCGGCACCAAGAAGGACUCCACCUACACCGGCCUGUGCGCCUAAGUCCGCCGCCGCACCAAGACGCCCGUCGUGGCGCUCUGACUCAGCCCACAUGACCACAAUCGUUUUCGAUACCAAAAGACCAAAACCAAAAACACAUAAUCAGAGCGUGAAUCAUGCAAUAAAAUGGAUGUCACGCAAUCAAAA